GUCCAUUGAGAUUCUAGCAACGCUGCUACUGCAUUAUUACCAUGCCAUUAUUCAUCCGGGCUUAAAUCGGGCCAAAUCCGGUGUAAUAUUAAAGGGAAAAAAAAUUAUCUCGUUCAAUUUAUCGACCGACCUCUCCACCGCCGAUCGAAGAUACUCCGUUUUCCGUUGAUUUUCUAUUUCAGGCAUAUUAUAUUCUUCUUUUACAGUUAAGAUUUGAGCUGUGAGUUUAAUGUGCCAUAGAUUGUAGUAUUACUAUAUUGCCAUGCACAACUGUGUUAACCGGUUUUCUAACACAGAAAGCGUGUGGACAUUGAUUCAAUGUCAGCAUCUAGCAAAUUUGAUCUAUCUUCUGGUAGCCCAGAUAGGCCUCUGUACUCAUCUGGGCGUCGUGGAUCCUACGCUACUGCUCUGGACAGAUCAGGUAGCUUUCGCGAGAACAUGGAGAAUCAAAUCUUAUCAACUCUUCCAAACAUGACAAGAAGCAGUUCUUCUGUGACACAUGGAGAUGUGAUGACUUUUUUUCAAUGUGUGCGUUUUGAUCCAAAGUCGAUGGUCGUGGACCAUAAGUUGAAUCGACCAGUGGCAUUUAAGCGACUUGCAACUGCUGCCGUUGGCAUCCCACUAGAAGAUCCUCUACCUGGAUCUUCAAAUAGCAAACCACCGCCUUCUCCAUCAUCAGAUGAUCUCAGACGACUCAGGGCUGGUGUACGGGAAGGUGGUAGUAAAGCUAGGGAACGUGUAAAGAUAUUCAAUGAUUGUUUAUCUGUAAUCAACAAAUGUUUCCCAACCAUUCCAUCAAGAAAAAGAUCCCGACUGGAUACCUUAUCAAAUGACCGAUCCAAUGCCUUGUUACCAACUGAUCGGUCAAGUUCAGGGAUGAGCAUCAGCAAAAUGGGAUCACAGAGUCAUGCCAGUACGAGUAGUUUUGAACUGGAGCAACAAAGAUCAGAAGAAAGGACAAAAAUUUUGAUUCCAAACAAGCGCACACGAACUUCUAUGGUAGACCCAAGGGCAAAUACCCCUGCAAGGCCAGCUGGAGUUAUGGACAAGGAUAGGGAAAUAAUAAGAUUUCCUAACAGUGGCAUGAUUAAUGGCGAGGAUCGAACAUCAUCCCUUACCGUUGAUGGUUGGGAGAAAUCAAAGAUGAAGAAAAAACGUACUGGAAUAAAGACAGACGGUACUGCAAGUUCAAUGGUGAUGAAAUCUGCUGAUGGCUACAGGGAGUCUAAGCAAGUAAUGCAGCCACGACUUCCUACUGAUGCCCGUUCAAGGAUGAAUGAUUCUUAUGGCGCCAGACCUGGGAUUGCCAAUGGGAGUGUAGGAGUUGGAAAAGCUGAAUCCUCCUCGCAGCAGACUGGCUUAGGCACACGGCCUAUCUCUAGGGCUGAGCUGGACAACAGCCCCAUUCUUCAUGAGAGGAGAGAGCGUCCAACUGCUCCAGAGAAAGAAAGGGUGAAUCUUAGAGCUGUUAACAAGGCAAAUGCCCGUGAAGAUUUCAGUUCAGGCAGCCCUACCUCUAGCUCAAAGUUGAAUGCAAAUGCUCAGGCUCCACAUUCUGGUACUGAAGGUGGUGUAUCCAAGUUCUCUCAAGUGGUGCAACUGGCUACAGAAUCUAAUGAUUGGGAGCUUUCUAACUGUACAAGCAAACUACCUGGUGCUGUUGGGGCUAAUAACUGUAAACGCACACCUUCAACGCGGUCUUCUUCACCUCCUGUUGCUAAUUGGGUCCAGAGACCGCAAAAGAUCUCUCGAACAGCAAGAAGAACUAAUAUUGUUCCUAUUGUCCCCAGCAAUGAUGAGACCCUUACCGUUGAUACGACAUCUGAGGUGACGAGGAAUGAAAGAUGCAUGCCUGGCCAUUCUCCUCGGCAAAUUAAACAAAUAAGUGACUUCUCUUCAGCUGCAUUUUCUGAAAGUGAGGAAUCAGGGGCUGCUGAAGCUAAGCCAAGAGACAAAAACAAGAAGUUUGAUGAGAUGGAUGAAAAAUGUGGACAAAAUAUCCAUAAAAUGUCAACCCUUCUGCUACCACCUAGAAAAAAUAAGGCAGCUAGUGGGGAAGACCAUGGAGACAGUGUCCGAAGGCAAGGGAGGAGUGGCCGUGGCUUUACUUCCACCAGGUCCCUCAUGACUUUAACAGUUGAAAAACAUGGAAAUGUCGGAACAACAAAACAAAUAAGAAGUUCAAGAUUUGGUUUUGAAAAAAAUGAAAGGGCAGGUCGACCACCUACGAGGAAACCCUCUGAUAGGAAGCCUUAUACACGUCAGAAGCACACAGUUAAUAUAGCACCAGAUUUUCUAGUUGGUUCAGAUGAUGGGAAUGAAGAGCUGUUGGCUGCUGCAAAUGCUGUUACAAAUACUGCACUAGCCCUUUCUAACUUGUUCUGGAGGAAGAUGGAACCUCUGUAUCGUCUCAUAUCUGAUACAGAUAUUGCAUAUCUGAAAGACCAGGUACCUAUGUUGUAUUUGAAGAACUCUUGAGCUAUGAUCCAGCAAGAAGCGACUUCUUCUAGCUCCUGAUGUAUAGCAAUCAAAUGUCGUCACUUGCCUUAUCAACGUGUUUUUAUUCUUUGUUUAAUAUCUAAGAAUUAGAUGUGUAUUCCUUUAUCAAGUACAAUAUUCUCUCUUGUUACCUGCUGAACUUUAUUCUGCAACAACUGUCAUGGUUCAAAUUAGGCCCGAAUUUGUUAAAGCUUACUUAACCAAGCAGUUCAUCACUGUGUAUGUAACAACUGCUGAUUAUCUUAGACACCAAAACUAAUAUUUACUGUGUCAUAACUGCCAUAACCACCGUAAGUUCCCCUCAUAUUAAAAUUUACUUUUAUGUUGAUUAUAAUAACUGUAUCAAUACUUCACUUGAAACAGAAUUCAUGUUUUUUUUUAUAGGUAAUCAGAGAAUUUUAUUCCUUAAAAGAGAGAACACGGGAGGUAUACAAUCACUUUAAGCAUGAAGGGAACAACAAGAAAUUAGGCAACCCUACAACAAGAUUUUUAGUCACUGCAUUAAACUAAGUAUACAAAGUCAAGUAAAAUAAUUCUCUUAUCUGCUCUGUUGUCUUUGUUUAGUCUUCGAAACAUCGAUCGUUCCGUUCUCUCCAUAUGCACUAUACAAUGCAUCCCGAGAUAAGAUUCCAGAGAAGUUUGCUAUCCUUAUCUCGAAGUUUUCUUCUCGAUGCCCGCACCAAGUCUUCUAUACGCUUAGGUAGUACCCAAUCCAUUGAUUGAGAAGUCAGAAUACUGUUCCAAAGCCAACGUACACCAUCACAAUGAAUGAAUAAAU